AUGUCUGGUUUGUUAUUAUGUUUUAAUGAUCAAUGUUUUAAUAUUGGAAUAAUUCGAUUAUCUCCGAAUAAAAUUGUUAAUAUUUCUAAUGGAGGUUAUUUUAUUCGUCCUUAUGUACAUCAAGAAUAUAUUCAUUCUAUGAACGAUGGAAGUAUUUUAACUAAAGAAAAAUUACAUGAACAAUUGAUUGAAUUAAAAUCUAUUGAUAAACAAUGGAAUCAAAGUGUUUAUAUAUCAUCAUCUGGUGGUAGUGGAGGAAAACGUUUAUUUUUUGCAACAGAUAUUAAACAAAAUCUAUUACAAAGACAAAUUUUAGUUGAUAUGAUGCUUGAACAAAAUAUUAUAUCUCAUAAUGAUAUUUGUCUAAAUUUAUUUCACUCAAAUAAUAUUUAUCGAUCAUUUGAAAUCUUUAAUGAUUUUUGUUCAAUGGCUAAUUGUACAACGUUGCCAAUGGGUGAUGAUGCAAAUGAUGAAGAUAUUUUAAAAAUAAUUGAGUAUUUUAAACCAAAUAUUCUCAUGGGUCCACCAUAUCGUUUAAUGCAAUUAGCAUUUUUUAUUGAAAAACAAUCAAAAAAAGAAAUAAAAUUUGAAAAAAUCUAUUUUGCAUGUGAAUCACUUGAUGAAAAUAAACAAAGAUUUUUUAAACGUAUUUUUCAUUGUUCACUUUACAUUGGUUUUUAUGGUUCAGCUGAAGUAGGUGUAUUUGCUUGUCAAUUACCAAAAUAUUCAUCAACUAAAAUUUAUCUUUAUCCAAAAGAAUUAGUUCAUAUUGAAAUAAUAAAUUCAAAAAUAAUUGUUACAAAUUUAAUUCGAAAACGAAAUCAAUUAAUUCGUUUUGACACUGGUGAUCUUGGACAAUUUAUUUCAAAUAAUAAACAUGAUAAAUAUGGUUUAAUUGAAAUAUUUCAUAGUGAACGAUUAAUUAUGAUUCAAAAUGAGACACUUUCAAAAUCAGAUAUUGAAGAAAUUAUGAAACAUAUGGAUUUAAUUGAAUGGCAAUUAAUUAUUGAUUGUAUUUCACAUACAAAAAAUAAUCAAAUACUUCUUCUAUUUAAAUAUGUUAAAUCUGAAUUAAUUUCAAAUGAUAUUCUUGAAAAAAAUAUUCGAAAUUCUUUACAAAAAUUUUUUGAUACUGCAUUAUCAAAUCUUUCUGACCAAUUAAUUCUUCAAUUUGAAUCAAUACAAUUUAAAGAUUUAAUUAGAGAUAAAACAUCAAAUAAACUAUUAAAAAUUAUUGAUAGACGAGUUUAA